CUAGCCUGGAGAGAAGAGUUGGGAGCGAAGGGGACUCCAGGCUAGAGUGGUGGGAGGUGUGCUGCCGAGGAAGGAGCUGGCAGGGAAGCCAGUGCAACAGCAAGUCUGCUGGAUCUUGGGGGACACACACUCAGGAUGCUGGUCCCCGCACUCCUUGUCCUUCUCUUCUGCCUCAGAGGGCGUGCAGGUCUGUCACCCCACUUCCUGCAACAGCCAGAAGACCUGGUAGUACUGCUGGGGGACGAGGCCCGUCUGCCCUGUGCCCUGGGCGCAUACUGGGGGCUGGUUCAGUGGACUAAGGAUGGGCUGGCUCUAGGGGGCGAAAGAGACCUGCCAGGGUGGUCCCGGUACUGGAUAUCAGGGAAUGCAGCCAGUGGCCAGCACGACCUCCACAUUAGGCCCGUAGAGAUAGAGGAUCAAGCAUCCUACGAAUGUCAAGCUACACAAGCAGGCCUCCGCUCUCGACGAGCCCAACUGCAUGUGCUGGUGCCUCCGGAACCCCCCCAGGUGCUGGGUGGCCCCUUUGUGUCUCUGGUUGCUGGGGUUCCUGCGAAUGUGACCUGUCGGAGCCGCGGGGAUGCCCGCCCCACCCCUGAGCUGCUGUGGUUCCGAGAUGGGGUCCGGCUAGAUGGGGCCACCUUCCGCCAGACCCUGUUGAAGGAAGGAACCACUGGGUCAGUGGAGAGCAUCUUAUCUUUGACCCCUUCCAGCCACGAUGAUGGAGCCAUCUUGGUUUGCCGGGCUCGGAGCCAGGCCCUGCCUGCGGGGAAGGACACAGCUAUCACACUGAGCCUGCAGUACCCCCCAGUGGUGACUCUGUCUGCAGAACCACAGACAGUGCAGGAGGGAGAGAAGGUCACUUUCCUAUGCCAGGCCACAGCCCAGCCUCCUGUCACUGGCUAUAGGUGGGCAAAGGGGGGCUCCCCUGUGCUUGGGGCCCGCGGGCCAAUGUUGGAGGUAGUGGCGGACGCUUCGUUCCUGACUGCACCGGUGUCCUGCGAGGUCAGCAACGCAGUGGGUAGCGCCAACCGCAGCACAGCGCUGGAUGUGCGAUUCGGGCCGAUUCUGCAGGCAAAGCCGAAACCCUUAUCCGUGGACGUAGGGGAAGACGCCUCCUUCAGCUGUGUCUGGCGCGGGAAUCCUCUUCCACGGGUAACCUGGACCCGCCGCGGGGACGCGCAGGUGCUGGCCUCCGGGCCCACGCUGCGUCUUCUCGCGGUGGGGCAGGAGGAUGCAGGCGACUACGUGUGCAGAGCCGGGCCGGGGCUCUCGGGCCUGCGGGGUGGCGCUGCGGAAGCUAGGUUGACUGUGAACGCUCCCCCAGUGGUGACCGCCCUGCACUCUGCGCCCGCCUUCCUGAGGGGCCCCGCCCGCCUCCAGUGUCUAGUCUUCGCCUCCCCCGCCCCAGAAGCCGUGGUCUGGUCUUGGGAUGAGGGCUUCCUGACGGCGGGGUCGAGGGGUCGGUUCCUGGUGGAGACAUUCCCAGCCCCAGAGGGCCGCGGGGGACAGGGUCCAGGCCUGAUCUCUGUGCUGCACAUUUCGGGGACCCAGGAGUCCGACUUUAGCCGGGGCUUCAACUGCACUGCCCGGAACCGGUUGGGCGAAGGAGGCACCCAGGUCAGCCUGGGACGUAGAGACUUGCUGCCCGCUGUGCGGAUCGUGGCUGGAGUGGCCGCUGUGGCCAUGACUCUCCUUAUGGCCGGCACUGGGGUGGCCCUCUGCUGCUGGUGCCACGGCAAGGCCUCUUUCUCCAAGCAAAAGAAUCUGGUGCGAAUCCCAGGGAGCAGCAACGGCUCCAGUUCGAGGGGUCCCGAGGAGGAGACAGGCAGCAGCAAGGACCAGGGCCCCAUCGUGCACACAGACCACAGCGACCUGGCUCUGGAUGAGGAGGGAGCUCUGGAGACCAAGGACCCAACCAAUGGUUACUACAAGGUCCGAGGAGUCAGUGUGAGCCUGAGCCUUGGAGAAGCCCCUGGAGGAGGUCUCUUCCUGCCACCCUCCUCCCCUCUUGGACCUCCAGGGACCCCUACCUUCUAUGAUUUCAAAACACAUGUGGGCAUUGUCCCCCCCUGCAGGUUAUAUAGAGCCAAGGCAGGUUAUCUCACCACACCCCGUCCUCGAGCUUUUACCAGCUACAUCAAACCCACAUCCUUUGGACCCCCAGAUCUGGCCCCCAGCACUCCCCCCUUCCCAUAUGCUGCCUUCCCCACCCCCAGCCACACACGUCUCCAGACUCAUGUGUGACAUCUCUCCAACUGAAGAGUCCUGGGAUCUUCAACUUGCCAUAAUGGAUUGUCCUGAUUUCUGAGGAACCAGAACAAGUUGGCGACCUUACUCUUCCAACAUUGAACAUUGAGGGGAGGGAAAGAUCGUUACAAUUGUCUGGGUCAUUGAUAUACAGUCAGCUCAGCCAAAGGGGAUGCCCCAAGUGGGAGCAAGAAGGCCACUGUGCCUACCUCUUCCCCUGUGUAAAAGAGAUGCAAGAUGGCACAUGGACCCUCUGCAGAGGGAUGGGGGGGCAGGGGGUGAUGGGAGUUAGGGGCAGAGAAGGAAGUUGUUUCCCAACACUGAAAGAAGAUAUUUCAAGAUGACCACCUGCAUUGAGAAGAAAGGCAACAUAAGGCAGAUUAAGAUGGAGGACCUGUCCUGGCUCUCCCCAAGGGGCACUUUGCUUCACCCAUGGAAUUGCAGCCAGAAUGGCCAUUCACCCCCUGGGAAUCCAAGAUGGUCACUAUCUUGAUUUCUUCUACCUUCCUUAAAGGCCCUGGAAGAACUGGACCCAAGGAGUAAGGAUAGGGUGAGAGCUGUUGU